CGUUGCCCCCGGUCGGAGUGGCCCGGCCACUGAGCAGAGAGCACGGCAGGCGGCGCGGUCGGUGUGACAGGCAACUGCUGCUGCUGCGGGAGGAGGAAGAGGAGGAGGGUGCGGAGGAAGCACACACACUCUGCUCUCUCACUAGGAGGAGGAGUCGGAGCAGCAGCUGCAGCGGCGGCGGCCUGAGCGAUAGGAUGUCCCGACAUGAAGGUGUCAGCUGCGAUGCUUGUUUAAAAGGAAACUUCAGAGGCAGACGAUACAAGUGCUUAAUUUGCUACGAUUACGACUUGUGUGCAUCUUGCUAUGAAAGUGGUGCAACAACGACAAGGCAUACAACAGACCAUCCAAUGCAGUGCAUAUUGACAAGAGUAGACUUUGAUUUAUAUUAUGGUGGGGAAGCUUUCUCUGUAGAGCAGCCACAGUCUUUUACUUGUCCUUAUUGUGGUAAAAUGGGUUAUACGGAGACCUCGCUACAAGAGCAUGUUACUUCAGAGCACGCAGAGACCUCAACAGAAGUGAUUUGUCCAAUAUGUGCAGCAUUACCAGGGGGAGAUCCAAAUCACGUCACAGAUGAUUUUGCUGCCCAUCUUACACUUGAACACAGAGCUCCCAGGGAUCUAGAUGAAUCCAGUGGAGUUCGGCACGUACGAAGGAUGUUUCACCCUGGCAGAGGUUUGGGAGGGCCGCGAGCACGCAGAUCAAACAUGCACUUUACUAGCAGUUCCACUGGAGGGCUUUCAUCCUCACAGAGCUCGUACUCUCCAAGCAAUAGGGAAGCAAUGGAUCCUAUAGCUGAGCUACUAUCUCAAUUAUCAGGAGUGAGGCGCUCAACGGGUGGUCAGCUCAACUCUUCGGGCCCUUCUGCCUCUCAACUGCAACAGCUGCAGAUGCAGUUACAAUUAGAGAGGCAGCAGGCACAGGCAGCACGGCAACAACUAGAAACGGCACGUAACGCAACUAGACGCAACAAUGCAAGUAGUGUUACCACAACAAUAACCCAAUCAACAGCAGCAACCAACACAUCCAACACAGAAAACAAUCAACAAACUAUACAGAAUUCACAGUUUCUGCUCACAAGAUUGAAUGAUCCCAAGAUGACAGAAGCUGAGCGACAGUCAUUAGAAAGUGAAAGGGCCGAUCGUAGCCUAUUUGUCCAGGAGCUGCUGCUUUCUACAUUAAUGCAGGAAGAAAGCUCCUCCUCAGAUGAGGACGAGCGGGGGGAAAUAGCUGAUUUUGGGGCAAUGGGUUGUGUAGAUAUAAUGCCUUUAGAUGUUGCUUUACAAAACUUAAAUCUAAAAGAGAGCAAUAAAGGAAAUGAGCCUCCGCCACCUCCUCUUUGAUGACAUCCCCCUUUGCAGACAAUGUCCUCUGUGCUGUAACUGCCAAUGAAAGUGGACAAACAACUAUCUUUGGGUUUGUUUUGGUGAUUGUAAUUUCCGGUCUGUCACUCUUGUUACAUUGUGUACAUUCAAAAAGAAAAAAAAAAAUGUAAAAAAAUUGAAAAAAAAAGAGACAGAGGCAAAUAUAUAUGACAAAAUCACUUAACUAAUUUUUACUUCUAGCAGAUAUAAGUAGGUAGCAGUGCCAGAGGCAGCCGUCUGCUUCCUGUACAUUGACGUAAACAAAAAUAAAGCUCUCCUAAUCUCCCACAUUCAAACUGAAGAGGAAAACUAAAGUAUAUGAAAAAAAAUCUCUAAUGAAGCUGCUGUGUGUAUUUAUGAAUAUUAAUUAAUAAAAACUGCUUGGAUGGUUUACCAUAACUACUGCAUGAGGUUUUUUGCAGCGUGCAUGAGGUUUUAGUGAUGUCAUUAAGAAAAAAAAAAAAAUUAAAACAGUCUUAAAUUUUAAGAUUGUUAAACCGUAAAUCCCAAAGCUUUCCUAAACAUUAUUCAAAAGGUUACAGCACCUGACGACAUUCAAGUUUAGCCUGGACUAGUGGGUUGUAGCCAUGGAUCUUUUGAAUAAUGUGUUUCUAACUAUUUCAUGUAAAUUCAAUGUAAGUUCUGCAGUGGCAUUAACUGUGUGUCUACUUGCCCAGUAGUUACAGUAUAGUAUCUAGCUCUCUCUCAAAUGUAAUUUUACAGUCAAAACUAACAGAUCUUUUACUGAAAACUUAUUUUAAAAAUCUUAUAGAUUUGUUGAUGUCUUUUUGCUAAGUAAACGGAUAAGUCAUAAUUUGGAUGGCAGUAUUCUGUUCAAUUCUAAGCACGAUACAUCAUUUCAUUGGUCUGAGCAAUCCGUAUAUCAAAUCUCCCUCAUAUUUAGAGAAUGCAAAACCAUAAGCUUUUCCGUGCUAAUCAGCAGUUUGGUUCUUUUACACAUCGAAAAAUAAAUUAUUCAUAGAAAAGAAUUCCACCUAUGAGUUUUGUCUCCUUCAAAGUUCUUGUUCAAUGUGAAGUGACAUUACAGUCAAGCCACUGUCAGAAAUUGCGAUGUUUGUGACCCCUCAAUCCACCUUUGUUCUUCUAUGUUUAAAGGUUUUUUUAAUUAGUGUUUUUUUUUCUUCAUCUUUUUUUUUAAUGUGGUUGUUUAUAUACAUAUAUAUAUAUAUUUGAAAAAAAAAGUUUUCAAUUGUUGACUUUGUUUUAUCCAGGUGUAGGCUGAUUCCUUUAAAUGCUGUUUAAAACAAGUUAGCCAAGAUGAUGUUUUAGUUUAAAAAAAAAAAAAAAGCCUUUUCACAUUCUUAAUCAUUUUUCUGAGUUCUUAUUUAUGUAUUUGCUUCUUAGUUUGCAGAGACUUGUCCGCAAAAGGAGAGCUUGAGGAUUUUUCCCCAGACUUUGUCAAUAUAUUAUACAUAAUUCCUAAUGCUAAUGUUAGCACUUUUUUAUUUAUUGUUACUUUGAUUGUUCUUUCGGCAUACAAGUAAAAGCCUUUGAUUAAAAAUCAUGCCACCUACAUGCCUAUACUAUUAAUCCUAUAUGUAAAAAUAUGUACAGUGUUCUUUUUGUGCAUAGACUUUCAUAAAGGGCCCGACAAAGUGGGUAGCAGUUUUCUUUUUUCUUUUGUUUUGUUUUGCAAUGUAAAGUUAGUAUAUAAAGAAAAUAAAAAGAAAAGUACGCACAGCUUUCUGAUGAAUCGAAAAAUUUACUAUGACUUGAUCAUGUCUGCAUUUGAUCCUCUUUCCUUUCCCUCACUUAAUUUGGCAUCUGUCUGUUUUUGCAGCAUUACAUUGUGGUUAAUCAAAAAAAACAGUGGCGUGUUGUAAACCACGAUAACACUGGGAUUGUUGGUGCUUGUUCCUCCUAAUUAUUCCCCAUGAUUCCCACCUUCUGUAUUUCUGCACACUCUAGCACUUGAAUGUUGUAUCCCAUCCCAUGUCAGGGUUAUGGUGCUGAAAGGGUUCCGUAAAGAGGUGAUACUGGUUCUCUAGUAAUUGUAGCAGUAUAGCCCAGUUUUCCUUUUUUUAUUUUGUUGAUAAUUUCCAAAAAAAAAAAAGUAAAAAUGACAAAAAACAUAACGUUUCUUCUAGCUGUAGUCUUUUCAUACACAUUCUGCACAUUACAGCAAUUCAUUCGGUUCAAUAAAGCAUUUUCAAGACUGUU